GCGACGGACUUGUUGGUAGUUCACAUGAGAGCGAAAAAAUCUGCAGUGAUCCGGCUCCGCUCAGCCCUCGUUUCCCACAGACCAUAUCAAUUGAAAUCGAUUCUCCCUCUCGAUUUCAUGUUCACCGCGAACUGUAAUCCGCCGUUUUUUUCCUUCCUGUGGAGUGUUUUAGUUUUUCUCUGAACCGGAAGACCUCAACGAAAUCAAAGUUCUCAAGGAGGUGACAUCUGGCUGCUCCACACCUGACUUCAUUGAAUGAGGUUCAACAUCAAUUAGCAUUUGUUUUGGUUCGAGACCCAGAGAAAAUUAAACACGCCCAACAGUGAGUCGGACGCAGCUGGACACGCAUUCAUAUAACUCUGCAGGCUAACGGUGACGAGCUGGCGCAGGUCGUGGGUUGUCCGUGGAGAAUGCGAGACAGUGGCGGUAGCCUGGCCCAGAACCGCUGGCAGGGAGACCUGGGUCUGACCGCCGUGGGGCAGGACGACACAGGAGGAGGUGGGAUUCCUGGAGACCACCUCAUAGUCCCUGUGUCAGGCAACAGUGUACCCAGCCCCAUGCACCUCCGACUUGGGCAGAAAGAGAAGGUGUGGACGGGCGAAUAUGUGGAGGACGAUGACGAAGAAGAAGAGGAGGAGGAGGAGGAUGGGAUGAGGAGGAUCAAGGAAAUGGGUGAUGAAGAAGAAAACAACAAUCUGCAGGACGAGGUAGAGUUUGAAGGCAAGGGUUGGGAUAACAAUGAGGAGGAUGAUGACGAAGAAGAGGAGGAAGAGGAGGAGGAGGACGGGGUUGUGGUUGAAGGAGACCAGCCGGUGCUGGAGUGGGAGACUCCAGAUUUUCCCUCUGAGUCCACGCAGCACCCUCAUUCACACCACCACCAUGGACCACAACAGAAGGCGGACGAGGGUGGUGACGUCACUGCGCAGGCCACCGCCGUCUCCCAGGCCCAAGCGGGGGACUUGUUCAGGUCUCACUUCAGCAGGUACAGGGCUCUGCGGAGGCUCCGGCGCUGGCAGCGUUUGCGCUUCCACGGCGGCCCUGGGUUUCAGCUCAGCAAGCACUGGAAGAGCUGGCGCCAGCGGGCACAGUGGAUGUGCUCCCAGGGGCACCGGAGCAGCCGCAGAGGGUGGAGGCACAGUCGGUACGACAAGCAGAAGAGGAUAAAAAGGUAUCUGCAAUCGCCGUACAGCGAUGAAGAGGAUGACAGCAACGAUGAGAGGUUUACGGAGUCUGAGAGAGAUGAGUUGAUGAACGGCUGCUCUCCAGCUAAGCAAGAGGACAGAGGGAGACGGGACAUGGAGGUCAAACCGGUGGAGCUGGCCCUUACUGAGGAACACAUGAGCUGUGUGACAGGUAUUCUUGAAGAGUCCCUCCAGCAGUACGGCAGUUUGAUCCCCAUCCAUGUGGACGACAUCGUGGAGAAGCUCCAGGACAUCUUCAGCGAGAGCUUCUCUCAGCCUAACAGGAAAGCAGUGGUCCAACACCUAAUACAAUCCUUCCAGCGUUCGUCGGGGUCCGCCCUGGCUAAAACCUUCAGAGUCAACUACAAACGCCACGUCCUGACCAUGGACGACCUGGGCACUCUGUAUGGACAGAACUGGCUCAACGACCAGAUCAUGAAUAUGUACGGUGACCUGGUCAUGGACUCUGUGCCCGAGAAGGUUCACUUUUUCAACAGCUUCUUCUAUGAUAAGCUGAGGACAAAAGGCUAUGAUGGAGUCAAACGGUGGACAAAAAAUGUUGACAUUUUUCAGAAGGAUCUGUUGUUGAUCCCCAUCCACCUGGAGGUCCACUGGUCUCUGGUCAGUGUUGACAUUCCACGUCGAGCCAUCACUUACUUCGACUCUCAGCGGACACUCAACAGACGUUGCCCAAAGCACAUUUUUAAGUAUCUGCAAGCGGAGGCCAUCAAAAAAGACCAACAAGACUUUUUGAUGGGAUGGAAGGGCUUUUUCAAAAUGAAUGUGGGUCGUCAGAACAACGACAGUGACUGCGGGGCCUUUGUGCUGCAGUACUGCAAGUGUCUGGCACUCGGGCAGCCCUUCAUCUUUGGCCAACUGGAUAUGCCGCGGCUGAGGAGGCAAAUGUACAAAGAACUCUGUCACUGCAAGCUCACCCUGUGACCCCCCCACCCCGCCUGCCAUCUCCACCUGCUCCCACCCCAAAAUCCUGACAAGAUGGAGGGACAAUGAUUCUGACAAGAAGAGGACAAGUGGAGCAAACCAUUGACUGGGGGGGAAAGAAGGAACAAAAAAAAAAAAAGAGGGAGAGAAACUUUUCAUUGAAAAAACAUUAUCAUUUUUUUUUCUUCUCUGCCAACAUCCAGAGAAACGACUUCUUCUAUUGUAGGUGAUGUCAUUGUUUCACUUUUUUCUUCCCUCUCUUCACUUCCCCCUCUCCACCUUUUUUUUUUUUUUUUUUUUUUAUUCUUGAUUUCAUUUCCAUGUCAUGGUUAUUCCUUUGUGGUUGACAGAGGCCAAGACUAGCUUCCGUUUUGGGAACGUGCUUAUCUUCCAUCCUAUCGUAGUCCACCUUGAGCAUGAAGACGUCUGAAGGAUGUGGUCCAGAUGAAGAGUUUGGGCCACAGUCGGUCCAACCUGACUACUAUUUUAGCGGCAGAAUAAUUUCAACCAGUCUGUGUAAGCUUGUGGUUAAAUAUUACCAGCGGAUGUACACGCCUUCCAUCCAAUCCAGUGUGUUGUGAGACUCUCAGCAAAUAAAAAAAAAAAAAAAA